AUGCGGCACUCUGGAAUUCCUACUAAAACCCAUCAGAAGGGGUUUGCUGCCUGCCAUGUGGAUACUCCGGCACAUCAGACUUUUCAGAUAAAAACAUUUAGUACAGAGUUGAAAAGCCAUGUGAUGGUCAUGGAUUUUGUGAAGAGUAACUGGUUUCCCUCCCCGAGAAGAGCUAAAGUGUGUAUGAUCCGCAUGUGCCCAGGUCUGAAGACGGAGGAGCAGACGGCCGGCAGAUACGAGAUCCACAGUCGACUCUUUUCAUCCCCCACAGAUCACUCUGCCUGGGAAAGAAAUACAAGUCUCUCAAACACAGGAUUCUGGGACAACCAGUACAGCACAAAUGAUCAAACUGCCCUUCGAAAGCUCCAGUCUGAUGUUACAGAGAAGAAAUCUCACUUCGCUGAGGAGCCUCUGGCAUCGCAAAAUACAAACAUGAUUUCAUCCAUACUGAUUUCACAGCUGAUUGAUGAGAAUGAAUCAAGAGAGAAAUGGGCUGUGGUGCCGGAGCCACGUGCCACCGCCCAGUGGCCCGCGCACCACAUGAAGCCAUCUUCAGCUGGUCACAGUGGCGACGAGACCAACGGGGCACUGGCCUGCCUUCCCGGCAGGCUGGGAAUUCAGACUCCUUCAGAUGCGCGAGGCCCCGGGACAGAGCUGCUGCCCCAGAAGGAGAGCCCGCGCAGGGGUCCCCGCAAAGGGUUCUCGUCCAUCAGCGUCACGGCUAGGCGUGUGGGCCCCCCCGGCGGCACCCUGCUGUGGGAGAGCUCGGGGGACCCGCUGUGCACCCAGCCCAGGGCUGUGGACGCUUCACGCACAGACCCCUCCGCUCUGGCCAGCGGUGCGGAGCCAGGAGGGCCCCACAGACCAUUCGUGUGCACAGAGUUCUCCAGAAACGGCUCUGUGGUGCGGCUGAAGGUCCCCGAGGUCCACCCGUGGCUGUGUGAAGGACGCGAGUACUGGGUCACCAGUAGGGAUAGCAGAGAGGACAGCUUUUCUCCAGGCAGCCCGCCCCCGGGAAGGAGCCCGCUGCUGUUCAGCUCCUGUGUCCACCUCCGAGUGUCUCAGCCGUGUCCGAAUUCCAUCUACUACCUGGACAAGUCGCUCUCUGUCCCCAUCAAGCAACCUCCGAUUGCCAGCCCCCAAGUGCACAGAUCCGUUCUGUCCCUCAACCUACAUUGCAGUUCCCCCAGAUCAGCACCAGAUGGAGUCGGCGGCCUGGCUAACGGAGAGCCAAUGAGCUGCGCCCUCAGCCCCACGUCCACCGCGGGAAACCAGACUCUUCCAGGCCCGAGCUGGAACCCAGGGCUGCGGGAAAGCUACUUGGAGGAAAACCCAGCAUUGGCCCGGGCACGUUUGGGGAACAGCACAUGUCCUUGGAGCGGCUCGCCCACCUUGGGAAAUACAGGACUGGCGGGCAUGGGAAUGAGCCACGGCCCUGCAAGAAAGGGGAGAGAAGACCACGGGCCUUGGUACCACGCCAGCGGCCAUGCCAGCCAAUUGACCAUCCACAUCCCUGGCUGGAGCUAUGCUGCAGUAGAAACAAAAGUAUUUUCUGGAAGCAUCAAGAAGCAACAAGAAGAACCGCGUAAGAUUUUGUCUGCUCCCCCAGUAGAACAGAAGCCUGUUAAAGAUUUCCUUCCCGAUGGGGAUAGCUCUCCAAAAGGGGACUGUCAGUCUAGCAACCUCUCUGAGCCCACAGAGAGUCAACAUCAAAGCUUCCCAGGACCCAGAGCCCCUCUGGCUGGGUUUCUCUGCCCCCUAGAAGAUGUGUACACACCUCCGCAGGACACCAGAGGUGCUCAGAUAAAGAGAGAGGAGCUCCCCAAAGGAAAUCAUAGGUGCUGUGACUUGGUUGUCAAAAUAAAGGAAUGCAAGAAGAGCGAGGAUGUGACCAUGCCCCAGCCCUCACCAGCCUCCCUGGAGACAGCUCCCCCCGAGGAGCCAGACACCCCGGGCCUGUCAGAAGACUGCUCCGAGCCUCAGCAGACACCUGUCAGCGCCUUGACCUUGCAGGAAGCACUAGAAGUCCAUAAGCCGCAAUUCAUUUCUCGCUCGCGAGAGAGGCUGAAGAAACUGGAACACAUGGUACAGCAGAGGAAGGCUCAGCGGGGCGAGAACCCAGGGCAGAAGCAGAGCCUCCUACCCGUCCGUGCCAACAAGAAGCAGUUCACCGUCCCCCAUCCUCUUAGUGAUAACUUGUUCAAGCCCAAAGAAAGGUGCAUUUCAGAGAAGGAGAUGUACACGCGGUCUAAAAGAAUCUAUAAUAACUUGCCGGAAGUUAAAAAGAAAAAAGAAGAACAAAAGAAAAGGGGGAUCUUACAGAGUAACAGGCUCCGUGCCGAAGUCUUCAAAAAGCAAUUACUGGACCAGCUCCUCCAGAGGAACGCAGUCUAA